GGUACUAUCGUUGUAAUCGUUGUCUAGAUACAUAAGAAGAUAGACGGAUACGUGUGCCGUGCAGUCAAAUUAAUUAGCAUAAGUUAAUAAAUAUUAAUAUAUUUUGAAAAUAAAUUAAAUAUAUGCAAAGUAAACUCUGAAAAAAAAAAUACUUGUAUCGUUCGUACAGCGCGAGUGAAUUAGACGUGACGCAUUUAAAUUUUGGGUGUGUAUUUUAAAAUCAACUAAUUGCUUUAUCGUUGAGUUUUGGACAUACUAUAUGAGUUUUUAAAAUAAACUUAAUCAUGUUGGGUAAACGUUCGAGAUUGUUCUUCGGGAUUUCGGUGGGAGCUUUGAUUAUAUCAAUCAUAUUGGCUGUAUGGGGAUUUCCGAAGAUCAUCAGAAGUCAAAUUCAAAAGAAUAUACAACUGGACAAUUCGUCGAUGAUGUACGAGAAAUGGCGGGUGUUGCCGAUGCCUCUCAAGUUCAAAAUAACCGUGUUCAACGUCACCAACACAGAGGAAAUUAACAACGGCAAGAAACCAAAAUUGCAAGAAAUCGGCCCAUUCGUGUAUAAAGAAUACCGAGAGAGGACGGUAUUGGGUUACGGUGACAACGACACGAUCAAAUAUAUGCUCAAAAAAACGUUUAUUUUCGACGCCGAAGAGAGCGCUCCGUUUUCAGAAGACGAUAUGGUGACCGUUAUAAAUUUUUCAUACAUGGCGGCCUUAAUAACAAUUAACGAUAUGAUGCCGGCAUUAGUUUCAACCCUGAACAUGGGAUUUCAAGAGAUGUACUCGCAAUAUGGGUUGGAUGACCCUUUCAUAACUGUCAAGGCACGAGAUCUAUUCUUCGAUGGAUUGUUCCUCAAUUGCAGAGGGAAUCAUUCCUCUUUAGCCCUUAUAUGUUCCCAAAUCAGUACCACUAGUCCACCCACGAUGCGCCCCACAGAAGAUGGGAGCGGAUUCUAUUUCUCCAUGUUUUCGCACUUAAACAGAACAGCGUCAGGCCCUUACAGCAUGGUGCGAGGCAUAGAGAACGUGAAGGAACUAGGUCACAUCGUGUCCUAUAAGGAAAAGACAUUCAUGAACAACUGGGGUUCUGACCCUUACUGUGGACAACUCAACGGUUCAGACUCGUCGAUAUACCCGCCGAUAGAUGAGAACAAUGUCCCGAAGAGAUUGUAUACAUUCCAACCUGACAUAUGCAGAUCUAUUUACGUAGACUUCAUGAGCAAAACCAAUAUUUUCAACAUGUCUGCAUACUACUAUGAGCUCUCGGAGUCAGCUUUCGCGUCUAAAAGUGCUAAUCCCGACAACAAAUGCUAUUGUAAAAAGAAUUGGAGCGGCAACCACGAUGGGUGCCUUCUGAUGGGCGUGAUGAACCUCUUCCCCUGUCAGCAGGCUCCUGCUAUAGCGUCUCUGCCACACUUCUACCUAGCCUCAGAGGAACUGCUCGAAUUCUUCGAUGGAGGCAUCAAACCCGAUAAAGAAAAACACAAGAGCUAUAUAAUGUUAGAACCGAACACAGGCGCAGUCCUGAAAGGUGUACAGCGUUUGCAAUUCAACGUGGAACUGAGGCAGAUGAAGAUACCGCAGCUGAUGAAAGUACCCACGGGCCUGUUCCCAAUGCUCUGGAUAGAGGAGAGCGCGGAAGUGCCGCCCUCUAUACAAGAGGAGCUACAACAAAACCUAAAACUGAUCGGAUACGCCAACACGGCUCGGUGGGUGAUACUAGCACUAGCAAUUAUCGCGGCGGUGGUGAGCACCAUAGUUGUAGUUCGGGCCACACUGCCCGGAUGGUCUGGAAGGAACUCCGUGUUUGUACUGCGACCAACCAAUGUUAAUGGAAUUGAUCUCAAUAAAGGAUAGAUUAAUUGUA